ACUUGUUCCACCUAACCACCCUAUUACUUUUUAAUCAACAUGGAUCUUCAAACUAUUUUCCCUUUCACCCUUUUUUCAAUUUUCCUUCUCCUCAUUGUGAAACUAAAAUUAAAAAGAAAAGUCAACAAAAUUGACUCAAUUCCAAACAUACCAUUAGGCCCAUGGAAAUUACCUAUCAUAGGAAACAUAUUUAAUCUUGUUGGAUCUCCACCACAUAGAAAAUUAAGAGACUUAGCAAAAAAAUAUGGACCUAUAAUGCAUCUUCAACUUGGUGAAGUAUUUUUUAUUAUUAUUUCCUCAGCAGAAUAUGCUAAGGAAAUAAUGAAAACUCAUGAUGUUAUAUUUGCAUCAAGGCCUUAUACAUUAACCUCAGAGAUAAUGUUUUAUGAUUCAACAGAUAUAGCUUUUGCACCUUAUGGUGAUUAUUGGAGAAAUCUUAGAAAAAUUUGUAACAUAGAACUUUUAAGUGUGAAACGUGUGCAAUCUCUUUUGCCAAUAAGAGAACAAGAGAUGAAUAAUCUCUUAAAAAAGAUUGGUUUAGAAGAAGGUAGUGUUAUUAAUCUUUCUCAAGAAGUUAAGUCAAUGAUGUAUUCAAUUACUUCAAGGGCUGCAUUUGGUAAAAAAUAUUUGGAGCAAGAUGAGUUCAUAGCAUUGGUAAGAGAAGUUUUGCAGCUAGCUGGUGGUUUUUACAUUGGUGACUUGUUUCCUUCAGCUAAAUGGCUUCAAAAGCUUACAGGUAUGAGGCCUAGGCUUGAGAAGUUGCAUCAAAAAGUUGAUAGAAUACUUGAGUUGAUCAUCAAUGAUCACAGAGAGACAAAGCUAAGAACUAAUGAAGGUAUUGUUGAAGGAGAGGAAGAUUUGAUUGAUGUUCUGUUGAAAUUUGAGGAUGAUGGCAGCAGGAAUAUGGAAUUUUGUUAAACUCAUAGAAAUAUCAAGGCUAUAAUCUUUGAUAUCUUCACUGGUGGAAGUGACACAGCAGCAACAAUCAUUAACUGGACAAUGGCAGAGAUGAUAAAGAGUCCAAGAGUAUUGAAGAAAGCACAAGCUGAAGUGAGAGUGAUAUUCAAAAGAAGAGGAAAUGUUGAUGAAACUUGCAUAGAUGAGUUAAAAUACUUAAAAGCAAUUAUUAAAGAGGUUCUAAGAAUGCACCCUCCGGGUCCUCUUUUAAUUCCAAGAGAAUGUGGACAAGCUUGUGAGAUUGAUGGUUAUUACAUACCAAUCAAAAGUACGGUUGUAAUAAAUGCUUGGGCCAUUGGAAUGGAUCCAAAAUAUUGGACUGAUCCAGAGAGGUUUUAUCCUGAAAGGUUUAUUGAUAGUUCUAUUGACUACAAAGGAAAAAAUUUCGAGUAUAUUCCAUUUGGUGCAGGAAGGAGAAUUUGUCCAGGAAUGAACUAUGGUAUGGCAAAUGUUGAGUUGGUGCUUGCUUUGUUGUUGUGUCACUUUGAUUGGAGCCUUCCUAGUGGAAUGAAAAGUGAGGAUUUGGAUAUGACUGAGCUAUUUGGAGCAUCUGUUGUAAGAAAAGAAGACUUGUACUUAAUUCCAGUCACAUAUUCUAAAAUUGCUCUACAUCAACAUGAUUAACUAUGAAGUUUUUAAGUUUUAAGCUCCCAAAAAAUAUAAUAUAUAUCUUGUAUGUUUAGGUUGUGCUUAUUUAAGUAUUUUUAAGGUGUCUAUUUAAUAGUAAGAACUUGACAUUGUAAUUUUAAGAAAG